AUGAACACCACACCAUCUGCAGUCAAAAGGAGAGCAUGCGUGGCGUGUACGGCUGCCAAGGCGAAAUGCACGCCGCAAGCCGUCAACCUGUGCCAGCGGUGCGCUCGUUUGGGCAAGUCAUGCACAUACCUUGACCUUCCGCAGACGAAGCGGAAACACAAGGCUGCACCGAGUCGUGUGGAGGUGUUGGAGAAGAAGGUCGAUCAACUGAUGUCGCAGCUGGCUGCCUUGACCCGACAACAGAACGGGCAAACAUCGCCCGAUACUUCUACUCCACCCACCACUGACUUGGGCCCAUCUCGUGAUCCCGAACUGGAUUCGACAGACAUUGCCACGCUGCUGGAUGCUGCUAAGGACCCGUCCCACGGCCUUGAUCCGCCGAUCAGCUCUGUUCUGGAGCACCAGCCAUCCAUCGUAGAUCGAGGGCUUUUGAGUGAAGUCGAGGCUGAACGCUUAGUUACGGCCUUUCAGCUUGACUUGGUGUCGAAGUUUCCCUUUGUAUUGGUCGCACACGGCGAGACAGCCACUCGUCUCAGGGACCGAGAGCCUUUUCUCUUUUUGUGCAUCGUGGCUGCGACCAUGGGCAGUGCGCACCCUAUGCGGAAAACUGUCGCCGAGGAGAUUAUGCAGCACGUUACCUUAAGGCUUGUGGUACGGUCCGAGAGGAAUCUCGAGUUGCUCCGUGGUCUGCUAGUUCACAGCGCAUGGUACUCAUAUCCUGCAGAGAAAUACCACCCACGACUUUUGCUGUUGAUUCAGUUUUGUGUUUCUAUUUUGUAUGAUUUGGGACUUCACAGAAAGCCGAAUCUGAACUCGGAUGAGCAGCGGGCGCUGCUCGGUACGUAUUGGCUGUCUGUUGGGUUCUCUGGCACACUCGGCCGGCCGAUUAUCAUGAAGCAUGAUAGUCGAAUCGAUGAGUGCAUUGAGAGUCUAGCAUCUACUGGGCAUCUGUCAGAUCGGUGGGUUGCGCCAUUCAUCCACCUACAGUCUUUCUUGGCAACAAUGGAUGAAGUUUACGCUUCGAUGCAAGCAAGCGGUGGAAGGGUACUCGUCCAAGUUACGCGCGCUUCUCUGCAGCAGCAAUUUGAUAACGUGAGAGCAUAUGUAGAAAAAUAUCUCGCGAGCUGCCCUUCGUCAACAGCGACUGCAUUACACACUGAAAUCAAAUAUAUGGAAAUCCGGCUCGAGGAACUAUCUCUUCGGGAGGAACUGUGGACUGCAGAGCCUGCAAGUGCAGUCCGGACAACCAUGCUGAUGGGUAUAAUCCAACGAAGCAAGGAGCUCAUUCAGACGAUCAAAAACCUACCAGCGUCGGAGAUUGCCCACAUGACAAUAACUACAAGUGCUCGUAUAUGUGCCGCGGUGGGCUACAUGCCCACUGCAGUAUUGACCCUUCUCAAUCUCAUUACUGGGCCCACCGACUCUACUAUGGACGCUCAGGUGCAGGCCGUUGUUGAUACAGCAGAGUAUCCCAAUCUUGUCACAGAGCUUGCCACCGCGCUGGAGACAAGAUUUGAGGGAAUGUCUGCUGCAGACAAAGAGACUGACAUUUUGGGGAGCCUUUGCUCUAAAAUGCGGUUGCUAGCACGGUGUUAUCCAUAUCAAGUCCGGGCAAUUGUUGGAAUUGCGCCGUCCCAAGACACAAGGCCGGAUACGUCCACGAUAGCAGUUCACGCCAAUGAGAUUGCUAUGACACCCCAAGUAUGGCCUUCUACCUACGUCGAUCUGGGCGACAUAUUCCCUGUUGAUGAUAUCCCGUGGGGUUCACUAUUGAGCAAUCUCACUGGUUUUAGCUAG